AUGGUCCCCGGAUUGGCAAAAACGGAAUGCAACCGGAAUCCGCUGUGGCCACCACCGCCCACAAACGUCGUCGACCGCCAACAACGACCACAUCAACAACGCGGCAACGCCACGUCAGCAAGCAAACGAGCCCCGGCGAGGUCGAGGGGACGAAAACGGACCACGAGGGACGACCACGACGACCAUGACCACGCCCACGAACCACGACACGCCCCACGACGUCAACGGACGCCCACGUCAAACGCCAACGGACGCCCACGUCAAUGGACCACGACCACGUCAACGGACCACGACCACGCCAGCGGACGACGACCACGCCAGCGGACGACGACCACGCCAGCGGACGACCACGUCAACGCACCACCACCUCAACGGACGACGACCACGCCAGCGGACGACCACGUCAACGCACCACCACCACGUCAAUGGACGAUGACCACGCCAACGGACACCCACGUCAAUGCACGACGACGUGCCCCCGCCGAUGGGAAACCAAGGUGCCACGUCGCUGUCAGCGAUGUGGCAACCAAACGACGAACGACGACGACGACGACGUCGUUCGUCGUUCACACAAAGUAA